AUGGUGACCAUCAUGAGCGUCCCUGCUCUGCAGGAGGCUCCCCGUGUUGGUACCAGGACUGCACUGCCCGGGGCUGGGCGUCCGGGCAGCCCCCACCUGCGUACUCAGAGACCCUCAGCAGCGGCUGUGCACGUCGAAGGUAAGGCCACGGGGGUGACGCCCGGACUGGAGGCGCCCCCCCAGCAUGAGCAAGUCUCUCACACAAAGCUUUCUGCAGAUGAUGAGUGGAACCUGCAGCAGGAGAGGAUGUACAGGAUGCACCGGGACCAUGAGUCCAUGCACAUGGAGAUGAUCUUGACCUUCCUCUGUGCCCUGGUCAUCGCCCAGAUAGUGCUGGUGCAGUGGAGACAGAAGCAUGGUCAUUCCUACCAUCUGGUGACCCUGUUGCAGAUGUGAGUUGUCCCUUAGUAUUUCAUGAUAAAACUUUACUGGUGGCGAUUUCUGUCUAUGUGGGGAAUGUUCUCAGUUAUUACCAGCUGCAUCCUCUUCAGCGCUACCCGAAAACCCCUCUCAGGGAGAACACCACAAUUGGUCUACAAAUGGUUUCUUCUCAUCUACAAAGUUAGCUGUGCAUUUGGUGCUGUGGGUUAUUUGGCUAUCAUGUUUACAAUGUGUGGAUUCAAUUUAUUUUUCAAAAUCAAGGCUAGAGAUUCCAUGGAUUUUGGCAUCGUGCCCUUGUUCUAUGGCCUCUACUAUGGAGUAAUGGGGAGAGACUUUGCAGAGAUCUGCUCAGAUUACAUGGCUUCUACUAUAGGGGAAUUCUACAGAGUCAGUGGGAUGCCCACCAGGAGCUUGUCAGACAACAUCUGUGCCAUCUGUGGGCAGAAGAUCAUCGUGGUGCUUGAUGAAGAAGGACCCACUGAAAACACCUACCAGCUUUCGUGCAAGCAUGUCUUUCAUGAAUUCUGCAACCGAGGUUGGUGUAUUGUUGGUAAAAAGCAGACGUGCCCUUACUGCAAAGAGAAGGUCGAUUUGAAGAGGAUGAUCAAUAACCCCUGGGAGCUCCUCCACACACAAUUUUUAUAUGGGCAAAUCCUGGACUGGCUUCGUUAUCUGGUGGCCUGGCAACCCGUGGUGAUAGGAAUCGUCCAAGGCAUUAAUUAUUCACUAGGGCUGGAAUAG